AUGGGGGUAAAUCUGUUUCAGAAACUGUUCUUCUUGCUGCCACUCGCGUAUCAAUAUUCGCCAAACGACGGAAGCUCUGAAAACACAGAUUGGAAUUAUGAUCAAAACGGUGCUGAUUGGCAAGGAAUAUGUGCGACCGGCUUUCGUCAAACACCCAUCAAGCUCUCUGUCGAUAGUUCACUGAUUGUGCCGCUGCCGCGAAUGUAUUUUGGCAAUUACGACGUCAGACUGAAUGAACCGCUGACAUUGGUCAACAAAGGAUACACGGUCGAUAUGACUAUACCAAACACAAGGAAUGGUCAAAGGCCUUUUAUCUCCGGCGGCCUGCUCAAAGGACAAUAUGUGGCCGAGGGGGUCCACUUCCAUUGGGGGUCACCUGUGUCCCGUGGAUCUGAGCAUGUAAUAAACAGAAAGCGAUACGAUGUCGAAAUGCACAUUGUGCAUCGUAAUACGCGCUAUAACGAUGUUACAGAAGCCCUAAAUUAUAUCGAUGGAGUCGCUGUGCUGGGCGUUAUGUUUAAGAUAGUCAGAAAUCCGAACAACAGGUAUCCAGGCCUUAGGAAGCUAUUCAGUGCUGUGCCAGCCAUAGUCGAAUAUGGCUCUGAAGUGGAGCUGCCUGGCUCUAUGACCCUGGGUCAGUUGCUGGGUGAUUUGAAUACGAGUGACUUCUACACCUAUAAGGGUUCAUUGACCACACCUGAAUGCAACGAGGCUGUUACUUGGACAGUGUUUGCUCAGCCGCUGCCCAUAUCCCUAUCAGAUAUAUCUAAACUAUGGAUACUCCAGGACUCGAAUGGAAAUCUAAUUCGUAAUAAUUAUCGUACCCUGCAAGCGCGCAACUCUCGUCCAGUUUUCUAUCGUACAAAUAAGGACCUCAGUGAUUAUUAUCUCGGAUAA